AUGAGCACCGGCUACUCUGGUCCGACCCAAGGCGGUGGUUACGACUAUGCCGAAAUACACCAUAACGCCCCGGAAGUCGUCAUGGCCGAUGACAGGCACGCGAAUGCGCCAGAAGUGCACCUCAGCCUCGUCGUCAACGAGCGCCUCAGUCUCGUCGUCAACGAGCAUGGCAGACACGUCUUCAACAUCAACGACCGACACCUCAACGUCCACGGCUCCCUCGGCAGAGCCAACAUCAGAUAUCCGCGCCAUAGUCAUACCCUGGAGUAG